CCGUAGUGUGAGAGGGGUUGACAAGCAGAGAAGACUGUUGUGGAAAUUUUAGCCUUCAGCUGUGGAUAGCAGAACAUCUCACCUUUAUCUGUCCGAUUGUCGCUCACAGCCGCGGGUCACAGCAGAAGGAGAGGCCGGUCAGACGGCUGGAAGCGGCGAGUAAGGGCUGCUGUCAGUUAGCUGCUAGCUGCUGCUCAGAGACUGUGUUCCGGAGUCGCUAGACUGUUAGCCACGCUAACUGACAGCAGUCUAUGGCUCGGUGAGUCAAGUCGGACAGAAUGAGCACUAAGGGAGGCGGCACUGCCCUGACCCGCCGGAACUACAGGCUGGCUUCAGACACGGACAAACCCAGAUCUACAGGUAUCGUGAACGAGAAGCUGCUGAGCGACUACCUGCAUCAUGUGUUUCCUUCCACCAAACAGGAGCCUGCUCAGGCCUCGCUCAGGAAACCUCUUGGAUUCCAGGAUCUGGGGACUCACUUGGAGAAGCUGCUGUCAGAGGGAGAAGAUGGUGAAGAGGGCAAAGAUCAGAAUGUCGAGGGUCGUCUGGGUCCACAACCCGUGGUUCUGGAUCACACCAGCGGCUUUGAGGGACUCCUGUUUGUAGAUGAUGACCUGCUGGGGGUCAUCGGCCACAGCAACUUCAGCUCCAUCAGAGCCACCACAUGUGUUUUUAAAGGGAAAUGGGCCUACGAGGUUCUGAUAUCAUCCCAGGGUCUGAUGCAGAUCGGCUGGUGUACUUUGAACUGUCGCUUCAACCAGGAGGAGGGAGUGGGCGACACUCCGGACUCGUACGCUUACGAUGGGAACAGAGUGAGGAAGUGGAACGUGACAACCACCAACUAUGGAAAGUCGUGGGCGGCCGGGGACAUCGUCAGCUGUCUGAUUGACCUGGAUGAAGGAACCAUCACGUUCUGCCUGAAUGGCCAGUCUUUGGGCACCGCCUUCACCAACAUCAAGAUGGGUCCCGGUGUCGCCUACUUCCCCGCCAUCAGCCUCUCCUUCAAAGAGUCGGUGGCCUUUAACUUCGGCAGCAGGCCGCUCAGGUACCCCGUCGAUGGAUACCUGCCCCUCCAGGACCCCCCGGCUGCAGACCUGACCAAGGCUCACAAGCUGCUGGGUUACAUUAAGAACGUCCUGUCCACCGGCAUCGAUGCUCAGGAGGAGAAGCUGCUGGAGAAGGACUCUGCAGCAUGGAGGCUUCAUGGAGAGCCGACCAUCCUCAUCACUAUGGCUCACAUCUUCAACCACUUCGCUCCCCUCAUGUGUAAGGUGUACCUGGUGGAGGACGUCCUGAUGAACUUCCUGUUGGGGAUCCUGGAGGGAGGAGGCUCCGUGGACGAACAUCCACUUAUUCAGCAGCUGCUGGACCUCUUCUGGUUGUUGAUGGAGGACUACGAGGUGAACGAGUGUCUGAAGCAGCUGAUGAUGUCACUGCUGAGGGCGUACCGCUUCUCCCCAAUCAUCCCAGACCUCGGCUUCCAGAUCCACUACCUGCGCUUGACCACCGCCAUCCUUCGCCAUGAGAAGUCCAGGAAGUACCUGCUGAACAACGUCUUGUUCGAUGUUCUGCGCUCAGUUGUGUUUUUCUACAUCAAGACUCCUCUGAGAGUGAAGGAGGCGGGGCUUGAGGAGCUCAUCCCCACCACCUGGUGGCCCACACACUUUGACAAGGAGGGUAAAGAUGAACGCGAGUCCAAAGAUGAAAGUGCAGAUGAGCGCCUGCGGCGUCGAGCCUAUGAGAGAGGUUGCCAGAGGCUGAAGAAGAGGAUAGAAGUGGUGGAAGAGCUGCAGGUGCAGAUCCUGAGGCUGCUGCUCAAUAACAAAGACAAAACUACGGGGGAAGCUUCCCGCUACAUCUUUCUUAACAAGUUCAGGAAGUUUCUGCAGGAGAAUGCCAGCAACAGAGGGCACCCCACAGCUCUGUGUCCUCCAGAAUACAUGGUGUGUUUCCUGCACCGCCUCAUCACGGCUGUCAGAGUCUGCUGGGACGAAGGAAGCAGGAAGACUCCUAGCAGUCUGAGUAGUGAAGAAGCCUACGUCCCUCCCCAGCUCUUCUACAAUGGGAUGGUGGACUACUUUGACCUGCAGAGACUUGGGGGGCUCCUGUCUCAUCUCAAGAAGACUCUCAAAGAUGAUUUGGCCUCCAAAGCCAACAUCAUCAUCGACCCUGCGGAGAUUCAGACCACCUCAAUGGAUGACUUGGACGAGGAUGAGGAGAGCGGAGCAACACAGAGACCGUUCUGUGGGGGAGCAGCUGUUGGAGGAGCUCUGGCCAGGCCUAGCUGGUUGAGCUCUCCCACUCUGGGUCGGGCCAACCGGUUCCUGAGCACGGCCGCCGUCAGCCUGAUGACACCGAGACGACCGCUGACUCAGCCGGAGAAAAUAAAGGUCCGAACACUAGCUGUGGAGCAGCGCACGGAGGAUGACAUUGAAGGAAGCCACAGUAAUGACGGCCUGUUGCUAGGGCGACCCCAUGAGGAGCCCGAUCAGCCAAUCACAGACAAGUCUUUUCUGGAGAUCAUCGAUGGAAUCGUGAUGAUGUACAACCUAAGCGUUCAUCAGCAGCUGGGGAAGAUGGUGGUGGUCGCAGAUGACGUGCAUGAAUACGCCGUGGCUCUGAAGGACACGGAGGAGAAGAUCGCUCGAUGCCCAGCCAGACGUGCGGACAUCCUGGAGGAGCUCCAGAAGAGCCAGAAGGUUUUUUCAGAGAAGCUGAACCACCUGAGCCGCAGACUGGCCUGGAUCAACGCCACCAUCUACUCUAAGGAGAAGAUGCUGGACGUCUACUGGUUGCUGUGUGUUUGCCUUCGGACCAUCGAACACGCCGACAACACCGGUUCUCUGUUCGCCUUUGCUCCAGAGUUCUACCUCAAUGUGGCCAUGAAUGCCUACAGCGCCCUGAAGAACUACUUCAGCCCCGCCAACAGCAUGGAGGAACUGCCAGGUUAUGAAGAAACGCUGACUCAGCUCGCUGCUAUCCUUGCCAAACACUUUGCAGAUCCACGCAUUGUUGGAACAGAUAUCAAAGACUCCCUGAUGCAGGCACUGGCUAGCUAUGUUUGCUACCCACAAUCCCUCAGGGCAGUGGAGAGGAUCCCAGAGGAGCAACGGGUGGCCAUGAUGAGGAACCUGCUGGCUCCAUAUGAGCAGAGACCCUGGGCCCAGACCAACUGGAUCCUGGUCCGACUGUGGAGAGGUUGUGGUUUUGGCUACAGAUACACUCGUCUUCCUCACCUGCUGAAGACCAAACCAGAGGAUGCCAACUUGCCCAGCCUUCAGAAGCCCUGUCCGUCAUUGCUGCUGCAGAGACACAUGGCGGAGCUGCUGAGUAUGGACAAAGACAUGGCUGCCUCGUUCCUCAACAGCGUCCUGAACCAGCUCAACUGGGCUUUCUCUGAGUUCAUUGGCAUGAUCCAGGAGAUCCAGCAGGCUGCAGAACGUCCAGAGAGAAACUUUGUGGACACUCGUCAGCUGAAGGUGUGUGCUACCUGCUUUGAUCUGUCCGUCAGCCUGCUGCGGGUUCUGGAAAUGACCGUCACACUAGUGCCAGAGAUCUUUCUGGACUGGUCGCGUCCGUCUGCUGAGCUGCUGCUGCGACGACUUGCUCAGCUGUUGAACCAGGUGCUGAACAGAGUGACGGCAGAGAAGAACCUGUUUGAUCGAGUGGUCAACCUGAGACUGCCAGGUCUGGAGAGUGUGGACCACUACCCCAUCCUGGUGGCUGUUACUGGAAUCCUGGUCCGGAUCCUGGUGGAUGGAGACAGACCAGGAAUGUCCCGAGCUGCCUCUGUCCUCCUUUCUGACCCCUGCUUCCAGCUCCACUCCAUCCAGCACCUCCUUGGGGAGGCGGGAGAGUCCUGCAGUUCCUCGGCAGCUGUCGUGUCCUCUACCCGUCCAAUGGUUGGGACUUUGGGUUCGUCUGCUACACCUCAAGCUGCUGGGAACGCCACGGAGCGGAAACACUUCUCCCUGCAUGCAUACACCGACUACAUCAGUGAGGAGGAGAAGCAGAAGGUGGAGCAGAUGUUGGCGUUCCUCACCGAGGAGUCCAAACAGGCCGCGGCCUCCACAGCUCCGACCAGCGAAGAAGAUCUCUGUCCGAUCUGCUACGCUCACCAGAUCUCUGCUGUCUUCAAACCCUGCUCACACAAGUCCUGCAAAGCCUGUAUCAACCAGCACCUGAUGAACAACAAGGACUGUUUCUUCUGCAAAGCCACCAUCACUGGAGUGGAAGACUACAGCAAGCCCACCUCUUCCUAACACACACACACCUGACCCACACCUGACCCACACCUUACCCAUGUUAGAUACAAUAAAAAAGUCUCAGUGAAUACACACACAGUAUAUAACCCAGUAACACACACAGUCUGUUCAGGUGUGUGUGUUCUGGUCAAAUCAGUCAACAGAACUCAGUUACAGUUUACCACCUGAACCAGCUGAUUACGUCACUUUCAGGUGAAUGCAGGAGAGGCCGAUGGUCAUGUGACGGUCAUGUGACAAGAGCUCAGACUCAGGAUGUGGAUCAUUUCUCACCUUCUACAGCUCAUCUGCUUUCACCUGCUGAACACACACAGCAUCACAACGUGCACAUUACAGGUAGUUUUAAUUCUUGAUAUAUGGAGGCCUGUUUGUGUCAGUUCAUGCUGCUUCGUCUACUGAACAUGAGAAAGACAUUUUAAUAUUUUUAUGAAUUUGUUAAUGAUGAUCAGUGUUGAUUCUAAUUCACUUCAUCUUUAUUUGUACAGCACAAAGUCAUAAAUAAGAACUUAUUCCAAUUGAAGUCAGUGUAAUCCAAUUAAACAAAUCCACAUGGGUGUAAUUUAGAACAUCCGUAUUCAUACAAGCCAAUUCAUAAAAGUAAUUACCUAAUUUAGAGAUUAUCAAACAUCUGGCUGUUGGUUCAACGGUAAAAAGUGAUUAAAAUAAUGAAAUAAGAAGUAAAACAAUAAGAUAUUUGCAUUCGAUCACCCUUGUGAUUUAUAUUUUGUUUUAAUCAGUUGGAUCAUGAAGAAGAAAACUUUUAACAUAAAGCAAAUACAAACUAAAAAGACAAAACUUCAUUUUCAGAAACAAAGUUUAAAAAAAUAAUUAUAAAGAAAAAACGUUUUCGUAGAUAAAACAAUAUUAAUAAUGUCGAAACAGAAAUGAGUCAGUCUGCUUAGAAAAAUCACAACCAGGGACUGAAAAUUAAUGUUUAAAAUAAAUAUAUAAAUUAAAAAUAUUAAUAAAUUUUACAUUUCAUUAAAUAAAUAAAGACUUAAAGUGAAACAGAAAAUCAAAGUAGAAAUAAUUUCUAAUUUUAUAUAUGAAAUAUUACAUGAAUUAAAAAUUUCUUCAGUUAUUUAAAUAUUUGUAUUUAUUUAUUUAUUCUUUGUUUAAUCAGUUUCAGUCCAAACGGUUCAAAGUUUUACUUACAGAAAAAUAAUGAGUCUCAUCUUCAGUUAGCAGAAAUUUGGCACAAACAGAGCUCCGUACUCAGACAGGAGGCAGAACAGGAUCUGGGUCAGACCAGAACCAGAAAAGAAAACACUCCCAGCUGCUGUCGACUGGUUAGAUGGAAAGCAGGUUUCUGUUCACUCAGAGAGACACACCUUUACCUCAGUGCAAACACAGAAACAGAAAACUUUAAAAACAGGAGAUUCAGAACUUUUCCUGUAAGAACCAACCGGACCUCCAGAGGUUCUGACGGCUGCAGUUUGUGGUGUAAACGUGACUUUAAGCCUCCAUCAGCAUGAACGUCCACAGAAACUGUGAGCUGCUUUUAGUGCGUUGGAUCCUGAAAAUGUUACUGAAUCAUCCAAUACUGAUCCAGUAUCCAGGUCUCACACAGAUCCGACUCGGUUUGUGAGUCGGUCUGUUGGAUGGUGUCCGUUCAGCAUGAAGUUCAAAGCAAAAACCUUUAAACAUGACAACAAACUCCAACCUCGUCAUCUGUCACCCAAUCAGUGAUUCUAUCAUCAGUUUGCGUUCCUGAGCUCUGAAACCAGAACCUGGAUCAGUUCUGAACUGAAAUCCAGAAAACAGAAUCUUCUGAUCUUCAUCUGGCGUCUGAAUCAAAGAUCCAGUUUUCCGUCUGAUUCCUUCUUUUCUUUCUCGGAUCUCAGUGAUCAAUUCGGCCCGUUUGGAUUCCACCAGGCUUUGAUUCAAGUCCUUUUUUUUGACAUCUGCAGUUUUUAUGAGUAAACUGUUUCAUCGGUGUGUGUGUGUGUGUGUGCGGUUCAUCACUGACCCGGUUCUAUUGGUGUGAAAGAGCAUCCUAUUGAAAUGUAAUCACAUUAAAUUAUUUAUCCUGAAAA